AUGGACCCUGCCCAGGCGCACAGCAUGAUCGCUCUCGCUCCGACCUACUGGAUGGUGCCGCAUCGACCGCACCGUACCCCCGUCAUGUCUCCCCAUAAGUUAGAUGGCCCAAGCAUAAAGAUCGCCAUCGAUCGCGGCGGUACUUUCACCGAUUGUCUCGGCAUCGUCGAGGGUCGCGACGAGGAGAUCGUUGUUAAGCUACUCUCUCAAGACCCGGCCAACUAUGCCGAUGCUCCCAUUGAAGGUAUUCGGCGUAUCCUCGAGCAGGCCACGGGCAAAAUAUUCCCUCGCGACCAACAGCUUACAACAGCGGACUUCUCCAAUGUUAGCAUUCGCAUGGGAACAACAGUAGCCACAAACGCUUUGCUUGAACGAAAAGGAGAACGGCAUGCACUCCUAAUCACCAAAGGAUUCAAAGAUGCUCUGCGCAUCGGAACUCAAUCGCGUCCAAAGUUGUUUGCGCUGAACAUCGAACGGCCUGAUGUGUUGUACGAGGACGUUGUUGAAGUUGAAGAGCGCGUCACAAUUGAAGAUUACCAGCAAAAUCCUAUGCCCGAUAAGGAUAGUCUUCAAAACGCCUUGCAGUCAGACUCAUGCCUGAAGCGAGGGGUCAGUGGUGAGGUGGUUCGCAUCCUGGAGCCACUUGACGAGGAAAGAACAAGGCAGAGCCUUCGGGAACUGUAUGAGAAAGGCUACCGCUCAAUUGCAGUCUGCCUGGUGCAUUCAUACACAUUCCAAGAGCAUGAGCUGGCAAUUGAGCGCAUUUCCAGGGAGAUCGGAUUCACGCAAAUCUCUUUGUCCAGCCAGCUACUUCCAAUGAUUAAGAUGACCUCGCGGGGUGCCUCAGCUACUGCGGAUGCCUAUCUGACACCUGUAAUCCAGCGAUAUAUUGAAGGAUUCCGGUCCGGAUUCAAGGAUGGACUGCGGGCAGCAGACACACGCUGCGAAUUCAUGCAGAGCGAUGGCGGCUUAGCUAAUUUCGAAAAAUUCACUGGUCUCCGAGCAAUUUUGUCGGGACCUGCAGGUGGCGUUGUGGGGUACGCAGGGACAUCUUUUGAUGAGACAGAUAGGAAACCUGUUAUCGGUUUCGAUAUGGGCGGUACCAGUACUGAUGUCUCUCGUUACGAUGGCAAGCUGGAGCACACUUUCGAAAACACCAUCUCAGGUGUGACGGUGAUGGCACCCCAGUUAGAUAUCAACACAGUAGCCGCAGGUGGUGGUAGUAUUCUCUUCUGGCGCCACGGGCUGUUCGUUGUUGGCCCCGAGUCUGCAGGUGCUCAUCCGGGACCAGCUUGCUAUCGCAAGGGUGGGCCUCUGACAGUGACUGAUGCCAAUCUGUUCCUUGGACGUCUUCUUCCGGAAUACUUCCCCAAGAUCUUUGGUUCUGGCGAGAAUGAGCCACUUGAUGUUGGGGUUACGCGACUAAAAUUCAGCGAAUUGGCAAAUCAAAUCAAUGCAGAGACAAACCAGAACAAGACACCGGAGGAAAUUGCUCUAGGCUUUAUUGAAGUCGCGAACGAAUCUAUGGCGAAGCCUAUUCGCGCUCUUACAGAGGCCCGGGGAUAUGACACCUCCGCGCACAAUCUUGCAUGCUUCGGCGGUGCCGGUGGACAACAUGCUUGUGCCAUUGCCUCCUCACUAUCUAUCGGGACAGUCAUCAUCCACCGAUACUCAUCUAUCUUGUCGGCAUAUGGAAUGGCUCUCGCAGAUGUUGUUCACGAGGCCCAAGAGCCAGCAUCCGGUGUUCUGGACCAAACAGCAAUGCAAAGCAUUGCUCUGCGUAUUUCUGCGCUGAAAUCUAGAGUUAGCACUGCCUUGAGCACUGACGGAAUUGACGAGACUCAAAUUCAGCAUGAAGUCUACCUCAACCUGCGCUACCAGGGCACCGAUAACACCCUUAUGGUCCUAGAGCCUGAGCACGGAGACUUUCUUACCGAGUUUGUCAGAGAGCAUCAGCGUGAAUUUUCAUUCACUUUCCCCGGUCGCAACAUCUUGGUUGAAGAUAUUCGCGUUCGUGGAGUUGGAAAGGCUACCUCAGUUGCUCCUGAAGCUCCCCAGAGAGAGCUCAAGUCAACUGUAAGAAUCCCAGUUGCACCUGAGAAACACGACGAUGCUUCAUCUGUGUUCUUUGCGGGCGUAGGUCGGGUAACCACACCGGUCUUCUUCCUGAACAAUUUGCCGCCAGGAAGUUUCAUUCAGGGCCCAGCGAUGAUCAUCGACAACACCCAAACUAUCGUUGUUGAACCUAAUGCGACUGCCACAAUUCUGUCCCGCCAUGUCAUUCUGGACGUGAAAUCAUCAAAGACGCAAGCUUACGAUGCUACAGUGGUAGAUCCAAUCAAGCUAUCCAUUUUUGGUCACCGUUUCAUGUCGGUGGCGGAUCAAAUGAGUCGCAUGUUCCAGAAGACCUCGGUUUCGACAAAUAUCAAAGAGCGGUUGGACUUUUCUUGUGCGGUCUUCUCCCCCGAUGGAAAGUUGGUUGCCAAUGCUCCGAAUGUACCUGUACAUUUGGGAAGUAUGGAAUAUGCCGUUCGGUAUCAGCACGAGCAAUAUGGCGAUGAUUUGAAGCCCGGGGAUCAUAUUCUGACAAACCAUCCUCUUGCUGGAGGCACCCAUCUCCCUGAUAUUACCAUCAUAACGCCAGUCUGGGACAACCAGGGUAGAAACAUCAUUUUCUACGUUGCAUCUCGGGGUCACCAUGCUGAAAUUGGCGGUAUUGCCCCUGGAUCUAUGCCAUCAGAUAGCAAGAUGCUCUACGAAGAAGGUGCCAUGACGAUGGGCUUCAAAGUUGUCUCCGAAGGACGCUUUGACGAGGCUAUCGUUCGCAAAUUCCUCUAUGAUGAGCCAGCUUCCUAUCCCGGUUGCAGCGGCACCCGCACUUACAAUGACAAUGUCUCUGAUUUAAAGGCAGCCAUCGCCGCCAACCACAAAGGAGCCCAGCUCUUAGAGGGGCUGGUGACGGAGAAUACUUUGGAGGUGGUACACUUCUAUAUGGAUGCGAUCAAGCGUAACGCUGAGGUAGCUGUCCGCGAGCUUUUGAAGUCUAUUGGUCGCAAGAAACCGAAUCAGUCUUUGCAAUUUUCUGAUUUCAUGGAUGAUGGCACUGAGAUAAAACUUGAGAUCCGCAUUGAUGCUGAAACCGGCUCGGCCGAUUUCGACUUCACGGGAACAGGUCGCGAAACUUUCAACUGUCUCAAUGCGCCCAAGGCUAUUGCUCAUUCCGCUAUUAUCUAUAGCUUGCGUGCUCUGAUUGAUGUGGAUAUUCCAUUGAACCAGGGCUGUCUCGCCCCUAUCAACGUCAUUAUUCCCCCGGGGACACUUCUCAACCCGUCUGGACACGCCGCUGUCUGUGCAGGCAACCCGAUCACCUCACAGCGCAUCACGGACGUUGUGUUAGGAGCGUUUGGCGCCUGUGCUGCUUCUCAAGGUUGCUGCAAUAUCAUCUCCUUUGGCAUGGGUGGUGUUGAUCCAAAGACCGGCCUCGAGGUUCCUGGAUUUGGUGUUGGCGAGACUAUUUGUGGUGGCUCAGGCGCUGGUGCGUCCUGGCAUGGCACCUCUGGCGUGCACGUACAUAUGACCAAUACGCGCAUCACCGAUGCUGAAGUCUAUGAGCUGCGGUAUCCGGUAAUCCUGCGUCAAUUUUCGAUCCGCACUGGAUCUGGGGGCCAAGGACGCUUCCGUGGCGGCGAUGGAGUCAUCCGUGAGCUAGAAUUCCGCAUGCCACUAUCGGUAUCUAUGCUUAGUGAGCGACGGGUCUACCGGCCGUAUGGUUUGGAAGGGGGCGGUCCUGGCCAGGCGGGUCUGAAUCUAUACCUGAAGAAGGAGCUGGAUGGCGCGGAGAGAAUAAUCAACAUUGGUGGUAAGAUGGAGCUUGAGGUGCAGUCGGGAGAACGGAUCAUUAUUCACACGCCGGGCGGCGGUGGUUGGGGGACUCCAUCAGAUGGGACAGAAACGAAUCCCAGCAAGCAUCCUGGAAAUACAUCGACUUUCCAGGUACGGGGCAGUGUACAUGCCUUUAGCCAGACUGCAGAGGCAGCAUCUUAA